AUGUAGAAAAAUUGGGGAUUCAAAACAGGUUGUUUAACAAUUGCAUCUGGUAUAAUUAUCGCAGCUGCUGGUGGACACAAGCCGUGGCCAAUUGAGCAAAAACUAAUCUUCGAUAGAGGGUUGACGUUCCAUUUCUUAAAUGGGAUUGGAAUGAUUAUAUCAUCAGUUCAAGGUGUUAACAUAUUGCCAUUUUCCCUAUUUGGAACUGGAGUCUUGCUUUUCUGUGGUCCUCUUUAUCACAAAAGCUUCACUGGGAAAAAGACAUUGUCAAAUUACUUACCCCCAUUUGGAGGUUUUGCCAUGAUCUUUGGUUGGUUAGUGUUAGCCUUAAAAAAGUGA